UGAGUGGGGGGCAUUUUCCCACAAAUUAAACAUGCUACUCUGCUUCGCCCUAUAAGCAUCCUAGGAGCCUGUGCUUACCAAUCAAUUGGUACAGUCAAACAGAGCUGCAGCCUGCGUAAGAGUGGAGACCUUCAGUCUCGCUUUAUUUCUGGAUAUUGGGGGACCUCUCUACCAUGUCAUAUCCACAAUUUGGAUAUCCCUACUCGUCUGCUCCACAAUUCCUGAUGACAACCAACUCUCUGACCACUUGCUGCGAGUCCACCGGCAGAUCCAUAGCCGACUCCGGAGUAGCGGCGUCCGGGCAGACACCAGUCUACUGUCCCGUGUACGAGAGCCGGCUGCUGGCCACGGCGAGGCAUGAACUCAGCUCAGCCGCCGCGCUGGGCGUGUACGGGAGUCCCUACACCGGCAGUCAAGGCUAUGGGAAUUACGUUACAUACGGCACGGACGCCUCGGCUUUCUACUCGCUGGGCACAUUCGACACUAAAGAUGCCACAGCUUCUGCGCAUGCGGGAAUAACCCAGGCAACAGCCUACUAUCCUUAUGAUCCUACCUUGGGACAGUAUCAGUAUGACAGAUAUGGUUCCAUGGAUGGGGGAACCAGGCGGAAGAACGCCACGCGCGAGACGACCAGCACGCUGAAGGCCUGGCUGCAGGAGCACAGGAAGAACCCGUACCCGACCAAGGGGGAGAAGAUCAUGUUGGCCAUCAUCACCAAGAUGACCCUGACGCAGGUGUCCACCUGGUUCGCCAACGCCAGGAGGAGGCUCAAGAAGGAGAACAAGAUGACAUGGCCGCCCCGAAACAAGGGCUCAGAGGAGAAGAGAUAUGACGAGGAUGAGGAUGGGUCUCAGGAGGAGCAGAUAAAAAGCGAGAACAAUGAGGAUGAGACCAGAAGUCGGCCUGAUAAGGACCUCCAGCUGAGCGACUUGGAUGAUUUCGACACGCUGGAGUCUGAGAGCUCCGAGUGUGAGCUGAAGCACCGGUACCACAUGAACACACACAUGACAACGACGGGCGACUGCCCCGCCGAGCACCUCAUCAAGGACGCGUCUCUGAAAAUCUCCAUCCCAGUUUCUCUGGGAGGGGAGCAGGACUUGAGCAAAAGUUGCCUCAAAACGAACCCGGAGGAUUUCCAGCCGGACAGCAGACAGCAGGCAAAGGCGUGUUAUAACCAACAGCAGCAGCAACAGCAGCAGCAGCAGGCAGGGCACCAGAUAUUAGACGGCAAACCUCGGAUCUGGUCUUUGGCCCAAACUGCGACGUCCCUGAACCAGACUGAGUACCCGUCCUGUAUGCUGAGGUGCCAGCCGCCGCCCUCCUCCCUCACCCCAUCCCCCGCUGCUACCUCACCCGUGACCGGCCUGGACAACAGGCAGGACUCGCCGGUCACGACCCUGAGAAACUGGGUGGACGGGGUUUUCCACGACCCCUUGUUCAGGCACAGCACUUUGAGCCAGGCUCUGACCAACACCACCGUCUCUUGGACCACGAACACCAAAGGCGCCAUUCUGGAGGCGGAGAGGAGCGCGGCGGCCUUGCAGCAGCACCAAGACUCCUCCAAAGACAGUGCCAUGAGUUUCCCAAAAACUAUCAACAAACUUUUCUGCUCGUAACAAAACCAAAAUGACCCUUUUAUUUGCAGAAAGAAAAAGACUCUUUGUGACUGUCUGAGAGUCGGAUGAAAAAGCCUAUUUCGUCUCCAUGAUUCUGUUUGAUUCGUUUUUUUAAAAGCAAUGGUAGCUAUAUAAUGUUACAUUGGCGUUACACAAGUGAAAUACCCGGAUCGGUUUGGCUUAUUUAAUUUUUACGCACGCACAGAACUUAUCGAAAUGUAUAACUAAAAAAAAGUUUACAUCUUGGAGAUAAAAAAAAAUAGGCCUGAGGUUUACAUAAUUUUUAUUUUUAUUGUUUCUUUACUAUGCGCAUGCAAAUGUAAUUGAAUAUUAUUUAGAUUUCAGCAGCUGAGUAUCACUAUUAAAAGAAAA